AUGGCAAAAUUCCAGAACUCAAACGACUCGAUCUCCAGUGGAGACUCCCCACCAAUAUCGCCCCGCCACGUCCAUCUCGACGGACGAACCCUCGAAGGCGGCGGCCAAUUGGUCCGAAAUGCGCUUGCUUUAUCCGCUCUGACAAGUAGACCCGUAACUGUCAAUCAUAUCCGCGGAAACAGAGGCAAAGGUGGAGGAUUGAAGUCUUCGCACGCAGCGGCUGUCAAGCUACUGGCUGAGAUCAGUGGCAGCAAGGUGACUGGCGGGGAAGUGGGAUCAAAGAAUAUCACCUUUGAGCCUGAAAUUCCCGCAGACGAAGAAGGGGUGUCCCUAGGCACGACUCAUAAAUCAUCUUUGGUGUCCUUGUCCAAUUUGACUAUUCAAUCUGAAUACAACAUCAAGUUGCCGACACCGGGCUCCGCAUUUUUGAUAUUCCAAGCCUUAUACCCUUAUCUAUUGCAUGUCGGAUCGCGAGCAGCUACAGAUUACGUGAAAGUCACGAUUACGGGUGGGACUAAUGGAACGAGUGCGCCAUCUUACGACUAUACGUCCCAGGUCGCGGCACCUAAUUUUGCAAGAAUCGGUCUGCCUCCUCUAUCCCUUGAGCUUCAUAAACGCGGAUGGACCGUGGGUCCCAUUGAAAUGGGCUCGGUCAGCUUUCAUAUUCAUCCUUUGAUUCCAGUAUUGAAUGAACAAGGUGUUUCCGAAACUCACUUCCCAAAGAUUAACAUCAUGGACUACGAGCGAGGGAAGAUCACCAAUAUUGAUCUCACAGUCUUAGCGCCGGAAAUCGAAAUACCGGAGGAACGCAAAACAGUUCGCAAUUAUAUUGAAAAAGAAACUCGUCGGUCUUUGCGCAAGGCUUUGCAGAGUAUGGACUCAUCGAAUUUUGAUUUCUCUUCUGAAGGAGACGAUGACGACGACCAUUCUAAUCAGGCCAGUGCCGUACCGAUUAGCAUGCACACUUCUGAGUCGACUCAUCAUGCGAGUCAAGGAUAUGUCCUUAUUGUGGCUCACACAUCUACGGGGUUCAGAAUUGGAUACGAUGCUCUGAUCGGAAGCAGCAAAUCUCAAGGACCACCCAAGUCGAACCACAAAAAUACCAAUAAUUUCCCAAAAUAUCAGAACAAGCGUCAAAAGCAUUCGCACAAAGAGUCUGAAAGAAUAAAGGGCUGCAUAGAUAACUUGGUUGCAGGAUUCUUUCAUGAGAUUGUGGACCAUGAGCUCGCCGAUACAGGAGCACCCGAGUCGAAAUCUGAGAGGCGAUCGUUCUUAGAUCAGCAUAUGAGAGAUCAAAUUGUGGUUUUUGAAGCUCUGGGCGAGGUCCAUGGAAAUGGUGUUUCUGAAUCUAAAAGUUCCGAAGUCAAGGAGAAUGAUAAAUACUGGUCACUACAUACGAAGACUGCAAAGUGGGUUUGUCAAAAGAUGUUAAUAGAACCGACAGAAGCGCAGACUUAA